CUUUCAGAAUAGGUGCAUGGAAACAGAGAAACUGGAAGAAUAGGAGGAGGUUUUUAUGGAUAGUGGAGUUUCACUCAGUUGUACCAUAGGUCAUAUCCCAAUUUUCUCUGACCUCCAUCCUUGUAUUCCAAGGCGCUAUGUAAUGCCAUGGAAACAGGACAUGAAGAACAGUAGGCUCAUUUUAAAGCACCAAAAACUGAGUGGAAUACCACAUGAUGAAGGGGAAGAGAGCUUAUUCCUGGAGAGACGUGAACGGCUGUGUCAUGGAGAGGACAGACUCUGUCUCAGUGAUCAAAUGAACCAAUUGACUCCAGGCAAUAUGCUUCAUAUUCCUCUGUCUUCCCAUCUCUCCAGGUACCGGAGCACUAUUAUACGACGCUGGGGCAGAUCUCGCACCUAAACACUUUCUGAUUGAGCCACCUUCCUAUAUUCUUUGACCAGUAUAAAAGAAGUAGUUGAUAUCUUUGGGGACCUGCUCA